UAUACUGUCAGUCGAAAUUGAACCCUAAUUGUACCGCAUGUGCUGCUUCAGCUGAGUGUGGGCCGUGCUUGUCGCGGUCAAUCGGUGCCGGAUUUGUUCCUCGUGUUGUGAUGGCUCUCGGAAGUGAAGUGAAUGAUGAGAAUUCUACAAAAAAUACUUCUCAAAAAGUGAAAAACGGUUCGGCUAGCAACAAUGUGAAGGACAAGAGUGGUAGCGAUAAUGUUAUCAAAGCCGACAAGGUGGAGGUCACAAAGAUGAAAAAGAACAUAUCGGUAAAGAUGGCGGGUAGCAACGGACACGCGCGCACGCCCAACGGGCGCGCCGACGACGAGGGCGGUGGUAGCGCGCGCGUGUCCUACGCGGCUGCCGCGCGUAAACCACCCUCCCCCGGUACCAACCCGGCACCGUUCCCCAUGCCCACAGAAACCACACAAAAAUCAAAAAGCAAUAACGAAAAAACACAAACGAAUUCCAGUAAAUCCAAUUCAAAACUUAACGGGGAAGAACGGAUACCUAGCGACAGUGAUGUUAAAGAAGACAAGUCACACACCAAAGAGCAAAUUUUAAAUGGAACAAUUACAUCGCACGAGACCAUUGUUAAUGGCGACGCUAAAAAAGAAAAUUCAGAUUGUGAUAUUAGUAGUAGUAGUGAUAAUGGUAAAGUAGUUUCUAAUGGAAUUCACAGUGAUUCAGACGAUCCAAAGUCCAGCAAGUCUGACGAGGGUCGUGAUGUCGUAUUACCGAAGGUUUGUCCGAAGAAAAACUCUGAAAGUAGGGUAUCUGAUAAGAAAAAAGAGAGCAAAAAGACUAAGGCGGCAGCUGAUAAGAGUAGUGAGUCUGAAAAGAAACUGACUGUUAUCGUAACAGAUAAAAAAGAAGAAGAUUCAAAGGCAGCGGAUGCAACAGAAAAAGUUAACGGUGAAUGUAGUAAAGUCGUAAAUGGAGAUAAAGAUAGGGAGUCGUCGCCCAGUGAAGAUGGUGAUGACAAAAAGAGAGAUGCUGAGGUUGUUUUCAUUCAAGAUAUGGGAUUUACUGUUAAAAUUGUUAGCCCAGGAGCGGAACCAUUAGAUAUUCAGGUAUUGAGCAUGGAGCUCGUGCAAGAAAUCCAUCAGGUGUUGAUGGAUCGCGAAGACACCUGUCACAGAACCUGUUUCUCUCUGCAACUCGACGGUGUCACCCUAGAUAACUUCGCGGAAUUGAAAAAUAUUGAAGGAUUAAAGGAGGGAUCAGUUAUCAAAGUGGUAGAAGAGCCGUAUACGAUGCGGGAGGCUCGCAUCCACGUGCGUCACGUGCGCGACCUGCUCAAGUCGAUAGACUACACCGACGCCUACGCCGGGCAGGAGUGCAGCUCCCUCGCCUUUCUUAACGUCAUCACCCAGGGCGAUAUUCUAGAAAAGAAGAAGUCGCGCCCAGAAAGCGUAGACUGCACGCCACCCGACUACAUAAUGCCUGGCAGUACAGAGCGGCCAUUAUUGCCCUUGCAUCCAGGGCUGACGAAGGAGAACAAAGCUCCCCAAUGUUUGAAGGUGCUGACGACCUCGGGCUGGAACCCGCCGCCGGGCCCGCGUAAGAUGUGCGGCGACCUGCUCUACCUACACGUCGUCACUCUCGAGGACCGCCACUUCCAUAUCACGGCGUGUCCCCGCGGAUUCUACCUCAAUCAGUCCACCGAAGAAGAGUUCAACCCCCGCCCCUCCACCCCGUCCCUGCUGUGCCACUCCCUCAUCGAGCUGCUGAGCAUCGUGUCUCCCGCGUUCAAGCGCAACUUCGCUCUGGUUCAGAAGAAGCGCAUGCAAAAACACCCAUUUGAGAGGGUCGCGACGCCAUACCAGGUGUAUCAAUGGGCGUCGCCUAUGCUCGACCACACAGUGGACGCGAUACGCGCAGAGGACACAUUUUCGUCAAAGCUCGGCUACGAAGAGCACAUCCCGGGGCAGACGCGCGACUGGAACGAGGAGCUGCAGACCACUCGCGAGCUGCCUCGCGGCACGUUGCCCGAGCGGCUGCUUCGCGAGAGGGCUAUUUUUAAGGUUCACAGCGACUUCGUAGCGGCGGCGACGCGCGGCGCCAUGGCGGUCGUGGACGGGAACGUGAUGGCCAUCAACCCCGGCGAGGAGCCCAAAAUGCAGAUGUUCAUAUGGAACAACAUCUUCUUCUCGCUGGGCUUCGAUGUGCGCGAUCACUACAAGGACUUGGGAGGAGAUGCGGCCGCCUUCGUCGCGCCGCGCAACGACCUCCAAGGAGUCCGCGUAUACAGCGCCGUGGACACCCCCGGGCUGCACACGCUCGGCACCGUGGUGGUGGACUACCGCGGCUACCGCGUCACCGCGCAGUCCAUCAUCCCCGGCAUCCUCGAGAAGGAGCAGGAACAGAGCGUCGUCUACGGCAGCAUCGACUUCGGCACCACCGUGCUCUCGCACCCCAAGUAUAUGGAGCUGCUCAGCAAAGCCGGUCAACAGCUGAAGAUAAUGCCGCACUCCGUAACCAGUGCCAACGGCGAGACCGUCGAACUGUGCUCGAGCGUGGAGUGCAAGGGCAUCAUCGGCAACGACGGCCGCCACUACAUCCUCGACCUGCUGCGCACCUUCCCGCCCGACGUCAACUUCUUACAGCUUGAAGACGACGAGUUGAGAGAAGACAUCAAAGCAAUGGGCUUCCCUAUUAUCCACAAGCACAAAUUGUGUUGCCUUAGGCAGGAAUUAGUUGAUAGUUUCGUUGAGGCCCGUUACUUCAUGUUCAUCCGCUACGCAGCGUUCCACCUGCAGCAGCUCAGCGCCAAGCGUCAGCGCGACUCCGGCGACGCCAAACCAAUCGAAGCCGGCAAAGAGCCCGAGGACAAAGAGCCGCCCAAGGAAACCAAAGAGCCGGAGACUAAACGCGACAAGAAGAGCCAGGAGAAAGAAGCCAAAGACAAGAAAAAGGAUAAAAAAGAAAAGGAAAGUGCCAAAAAAGAAGAGGUUAAGGUUGAGAAAGAUGCUGAUAAAGCCAAGGAGGAUGAUUUAUUGUUGAAUGAGAAUUAUUCUGAUAUCGACACUGAUGUCGCUAAGAAGAUUGUAGAAAGCAUUACUGAUUCUAUAUGCGGCGAUAAGGACAAGGAAGAAAGUGACACAGGCGGGCGCUCCCGCGCAGUAGUGGCAGCAGCGGCUCGCGCCGUAUCCUCCCUGAAGGAGUCCGAGUUCGACGUGCGCUUCAACCCCGACGUGUACUCGGCCGGCAUCCGCCACGCCGCGCCGCCCGGCUCGCUGGCGCGCCAGCGCCACCUCGUCAAGGAGGCCGCCGCCUUCCUGCUCACUACACAGAUACCCGCCUUUGUUCGCGAAUGCCUGGAGCAGCAGGCGGCGCCCAUGGACGGCGCGGGGCUGGCGGAGGCGCUGCACGCGCGCGGCAUCAACGUGCGCUACCUGGGCCGCGUGGCCGCCGCGCUCAAGCCCGUCGCCGCGCUGCAGUACCUGCACGCCAUCGCCGUCGGCGAGCUCGUGCUGCGCGCCGCCAAGCAUCUCUACACUGCCUACCUGCAGGGUUGCGAGCCGAUGUGCAUCGGGUCCGGCGUGGCGCACUUCCUGAACUGCCUGCUGGGCGCGUGCGCGGCGCCGGCCGUGUCGGGCGCCGCCACGCUGGCGCCGGCGCGCGGGCGCCAGCGUGGCGGCCGCCGCCCGCGCCGCGCCGCGCCCGCCGCGCCCGCCGCCCCGCUGCCCGAGUGGCAGAGCCUCACGCCCAAGGCGCUGUUCGCGCAGAUCAAGCAGGAGCUCAAGGCGUAUUGGGGUUAUGAAUUGGCUGCCGAUAACAUGGAUAAUGUUAUUGAAAAACACGGCCUACAAAAAAUAUCACUUCUCAGGUCUUUCGCAUUGAAAGUCGGACUUCAAAUUAUGUUGCGGGAAUAUGACUUCGACAGCAAGAACAAAGCCACAUUCUCCAGCGCGGACAUUAUGAAUAUCUUCCCCGUAGUCAAACAUAUCAAUCCUAGGGCAUCAGACGCCUACAAUUUCUACACAACGGGCCAAAACAAAAUCCAAGCGGGCUCCGUUUCCGAGGGCCACGAACUGAUCGCGGAAGCCCUCAACCUGCUCAACAACGUAUAUGGAGCCAUGCACGGCGAGAUCGCGCAGUGCUUGCGGAUGGUCGCCCGACUGUGCUACGUGACGGGCGAACAUAGGGACGCGAUGGCGUACCAGCAGAAGGCCGUGCUCAUGUCCGAGAGGGUCAACGGCAUCGACCAUCCUUACACUAUUACUGAAUAUUCUCACCUGGCGCUGUACUGCUUCGCCAACGGGCAAGUGAGCACGGCGCUCAAGCUGCUGUACCGCGCGCGCUACCUGGCGCUGCUCGUCUGCGGCGAGAACCACCCGGAGAUGGCGCUGCUCGAUAGCAACAUCGCGCUAAUACUGCACGCCGUCGGCGAAUACGAGCUGUCUCUGCGCUUCGUGGAGCGUGCGCUGAGCGUGACGAGCGCGGUGCACGGCGCACGCUCGCUCAAGGCGGCCGUGGCGCGCCAUCUGCUCGCGCGCACGCUGUCCUGCCUCGGCGACUUCCGCGCCGCGCUCACGCACGAGAAGGAGACCUACUCCAUAUACAAGCAGCUGCUGGGCGAGAAGCACGAGAAGACGCGCGAGUCGUCGGAGUGCCUGCGGCACCUGACGACGCAGGCCGUGGUGCUGCAGAAGCGGCUCGCCGAGGCCUACGCGCGCGCGCCGCACGCGCCGCCGCAGCACCCGCCGCUGCACAUCCAGCCGCCCGGCAUGGCCUCCGUCAUCGACAUGCUCAACCUCAUCAACGGCAUUCUCUUCGUGCAGAUCAGCCCUCAAGAUAUUGAGCAGUUCAAAGCAGAAAUAGAAAAAAGACAACUAAAAGACUUACCGAUCCCGGGCCUAGCUGAAUUGAGCACCGGCAAAGAGAAAGUCGAGAAGACGGAGCUAAACGCGGGCGGAGACGCGUCCACAGAGAGUUGAAACCGCCGGCCGUAAUCCACUCCCACUUUACAUCCAGGGCCGGAUUAACCAUAGAGGCAAUGAAGGCAGGCUUAGUUAUGGGCUGACUAGAUUCUACAGACAACGAGUUUACUGGACUGUUACCGUUAAAACGGGUUACAAUUUACUACACAAAAGCGAUAGCGCCGUGAGCGUAUCUAGUUCGGGGGUCAAAGUGACAUCCAUCGAAAUAUUCUUUGAAUCAAUUUUAUUCGUGUUCAUUGAUAACUCGUUAACUGUGGCCCUAUUCUAAUAAAAUGAAGGAAAAUGCCUGCAAGCACUACCGAUAGGCCCAUGCACACAUCAUGCGUACUCCAGCUCAGCUCUUGCUCCCUUCGUAGCGCAUCGCUUACGGCACAACGCAAGCGAUGUACUACGUAGAAAGAAGAAAACUUGCUACAUACGCAACUGAUGUGGCCAGGCCUUAAAAGCCUAUUUGGCUCAAUCCGGCCCUGUGAACAUUUAUUAUACAUUGUUACUUUAUAAUUAUUGAUUGAUGAUAUUGUUCCUUAUUAUCGAAGAAUGUAUGCCGUAGUAGUUAGCGUGAUAAGGUUUGAUGUAGAUUUUUUUAUUAGUCAAAUUUUGAUGGUAAUUAUUUCGAUCAAAUAAUUAUGCGUUAUUUUAAGUCUCGCAGUGUGCAAUAGGUUUAUGUGCAUGUGCGUAAGUUGCGGAUUUCGCUCAAAUCACGCCUGAACACAAUGAUUUCGUAGGACCUAAAAUCGGUUUUCAGUUUUCUAUAUUCUUAUACAAUAAAGUUUUGUUGAAUUGUGUACACUAUGAAGAUAAAUAAUAUACCUAAUUAAUGAUCUAAUGACAUGUGCUUCUAGUCAGGGUGAUUUUAGUAAAAAAGCUCAAAAUAAAAUAAACGAAAAUAAAGAAAAUACUGGAUCUUCGAGAUAUUUGAGAUUAUCACACGAACUAAUGGGAUUGUCACUCACUAUAAACAUAUGUCCCGGAAAUACAAUGUUUCUUAUGAAAUGCAUUUUUUGUAAAAAAAUAUUAAAGAAGAGCAAUCCUGAUCAAAAAUAAUUUAAUCUGUUAUGUCUCGAAGGUUUAUGCUUAUUCUAAAAUGCUUCUAAUAAUCAGUAAAAUAAUCGGAAGUUUUUUUUCGCCAAUGAUUUUAUAUGAAACUAACCUGGAGGUAUAUAUUUAGAUGAGAAAGCUAUUUAUAUUAGUUAUUUAUGUAUUUAUUUAUGGAAAACUAUUAUCUGUUUCUCGAUUAAAUAUCUCCUUGGCAGCCGUGUAAACACAGUAAUUAGUGAUUUACGAUACAAGCGUGGAAAGUAUGAAAUUCGCAACGAGUGGCGAUAAAUUAUAACACGACCGAAGGGAGUGUUUUAAAUUGACACUGUAAAUACCUUUACAGUACAUAUGGAGCUACUUUCCCAUGCUAGUGUGGGAAUGAGCACUUUUCGUGCCUGUCUCGAAAGUUUAAAGGCCCAUUUACAGUACACAUGGAGCUACUUUCCCACGCUAGUGUGGGAAUGAGCACUUUUCGUGCCUAUCUCGAUAGUUUAAAGGCCCAUAUGUUCUGUAAAACGUACGAUACACGUGCGAAUAGGUAAUUCGCAACUCGUGUCGAUUUCAAAUUCUCCCUUCGGUCGUGUUUUAAUUUAUCGCCACUCGUUGCAAGUUUCAUACUUUCCGGACUUGUAUCGUAAAUAAUGUCACCUUUGAUUGUAUUUUUAAUAUUUGAUUAAUACGCUAAGCAGAUGCAUGCACGAAUUAAUUUGAAAAGGACCGAUACCGAUUUUGAGGUCCUGCAGUCAUUGUGUAUAGAUGUAGGUUUAAUUUUAUGCUUCCGUUUCAAAUUCACAAUUUUAUCGUAAUCCGAUGUAGUGCAAUGGAAAUGUAGUGAUAAUAGCAAUAAGUUUCGGUUGUGAGCCCGGACCGCGCCGCCACGGUGUCCGGUGUCUGGUGCUACCGGCGAGUCCGAUAAACAAAUGAUUUUAUAAAUUGUUAUGUCGAGUAUUAUUUCUUUACUUAAUUAGUACGGGAGUAUAUUGUUGACAUGCCCAUAGUCGUAGAAAUUUUGUUAUAUUGUCAUUGAAAUGUAACAGGAUUUGAAUAUUUCUGUAGGUUUUUAAUUACGUACAAAAUUGAUAUUAAUCAGAGUUCUAGAUUGGAUUUUGUGUUCUGUAGUUGGUUGCCCGUUUGCGACAAUCCGUGACGUUGGUCAACCGCAGGGGCGAUAGGGUUCUCUUUCGACCAAAGUAAUGACUAUGGCGAGUGACGGAGGGUAAACGCGACGUGCGAUGGAUGGGAACGACGUAAAUUAAACUCCGAAUUAUCUACUGAUAUAAUAUUUAAACACUGCCUUUGAUUGUUAGCUUACUUUCAGAUUUUAGUGUGAUUAGUGCCAUAUAUGUAGUGAGAAUAAAUCUCAUCUUAAUGUUUUUGUUAGUCUGUGAUAUACAUGAAUUGUGUUAUCAACGAGCCACUUGCCUUGCUGAUGUUUUACAGUACCUAUCGAUCUUCUUUAGCUAUUUCAACUGGUCACGGCUCAAACUAUUGCUGUGUAAAUAAUACCAAUUUCCGGGUCUGACAAUAAUCUUCCGAUGCAUUGUGAUAUCAUCUUGUGUCUGUUAAACUAUGCGUGACUUGAAUCAAACAGAAUCAAUAUUAUUACUUUUAUUUUUUAUUCUUGUAUUUUUUAUCUGGAUUUUUUUCAAAACUUUUUCAGUGUAAAACAAUGAAACUGUCAACUGAAAAGAUAUAUACAAAUCCGAAUGAGAAGACCACACUGUAUUUUCUUGAUCAUUUUUAUAACGUAACUAGAUAAUUUUAAACGUCGUCUCAAUAUUUUAGUGCAUCACAAUUAAUGUAAUAAAUAAACAAGCUUAUGCUUAUCGAGUUUUAAGAGCCGAAAAUAGACUUAUCAAGAAGUAAGCACCAAUGCAAGUGUAACUUAACUAUCAUACCAUGUAUCCUAAAUGAUAAGCUCCUCCCAUAACUAACAAUUGAAUGUUACUUAACUUUUAAGGAAGUUGUUAGAUGAAGUAUGUGCCUAAGCAAUCAAUAAUAGUUGUUGUUGUUACAUUUCUUUAACAAUAUGACGACCAUGUAAAUACGGCGCUGUUCGUAGUAUACUAAUAAAAAUCGUUUUUAA